ACGACGCCCUCCAAGCCAGGCGACCACAGAGAAGGGCGAAAGGAUAGGGCCUCCCGGAUCAGGGGGACAGAAAAGAAAGCGAAACCCGCCCAUCCAGAACUUUCGCUUUCGCCGCCUCCGCACGCCAUCCAGGUGGCUUCCCGACUCCCUGUCGCGCUGGGCUCCCAGCCGCCACACGCCCCAGACCUGGCCGCUGCCUCCCGGCGUCCCGGAUGGCCGGCGACCCCUGGUGGAGGGAGGAAGGGAAGGUCCCCGACGGCAGGCGACCGAUGGCGGGGGCCGGGGGUCCCCUGCGCCUCCGCGACUGGCUGGUGGCACAGAUCGAGAGCGGGCGCUAUGCGGGGUUGCGCUGGGAGGACGCAGGCAAGACCCUCUUCCGCAUGCCCUGGAAGCACGCGGCCCGGCAGGGCUAUCAGGCGCAGCAGGACGCGGCACUCUUCAGGGCCUGGGCCAUACACAAGGGCAAGCACCUAGAGGGCAUCGACAAGGAGGACCCCCCCACCUGGAAGACCCGGCUCCGCUGUGCCCUCAACAAGAGUGCUGACUUCUGUGAGGUGCGAGAGCGCAGCCAGCUGGACAGCCCCAACCCCUACAAGGUCUACCGGAUUGUGGCCGACGGCGCCCGUGGCCCAGUUGCCAGAGCUUGUGUUCCCCCUGAAAAGAAGAACAUUCUUCAGAGCCAGCAGGAGCCCCCUGGAGAAGUGACAGAGCUGGCCUGCGGGACAGACCAGGGUACCAGGUGCAGGACCCUACACGCCACUGGAGCCCCUUGCCCUCUGAGGACUUCGGCAACCCUGGUAAGGAAUCUCAAGGCCCUCCCCUCUGAUUACCUGCUGCACGUGCGGCUGUUCUACGGCGCGAAGCUGGUGCGUGAAGCCACCGCGCGCACGGGGGGCUGCCGCCUGAGUCCCCGGGCGGCCCCCGCGGCCGAGCGCCUGCUGGGGCCGCCGCCGCGCCUCGCGCAGGUCCGCUUCCCGGAGCCCGGCGCCCGCGAGCUGCAGCGCUUGGGGCGGCACCCGGGGCGGGGCGUGUUCGCCGAGCGCCUGUGCCGGGGCCGCGGGUACCCGCCGGGCCCGCUCCGCCCGCACCGCGCGCCGCCUGACAAGCUGGAGCGCGGGCGCACCUGCCAACUGCUCGACACGCGCCGCUUCCUCGAGGAAUUGCGUGCCCACCUUCAGGAUGGUCGCCAGGAGCCCGAGUACCAAAUCCGUCUGUGCUUUGGCGAGGAGUACCCAGGGCCCCCAGACCAGCCCGAGGAGCGGCUCAUCAUGGCCCACGGGAGUCACCUCCCACUCCAGCGAAGAGCCACACCUUUCAGUCACCUCCAGCAGCCCCUUACCGACUCCCUCCAGUCCUCAGCUCCUAACCCGAUGACCCUCUGGUCUGUAGGACCCUGCACAUAA